AUGUGUUUAUCGCGCCUUCCAGUGAUACCCAUUGGCUUAAAGGCCACCCAAAGCAUUGACUUCAAGACACACCUCUCGCCUUUCAUUGUCUCGCAUUAUCACGAGAAUCCGGAGAAGUUUAGCGAUGCACUGGAUCAACUCACCCUCUCCCGAUCGAAAAUUAUGAAACCCGAGCGGUCAAAAAGUGGUCUCAAAGAUUUUCGGGCUUACUAUGACCUCUUAAAUACAAUCGAACGACGAUUCUUCGAUGAGUCCGUCCAUCAUACUUUUCGCUUCUCUUGGUCUGAUGCAUUUACCGGCUAUCAGCACGAUCAACGAUCGCCGGCCUUCGAAAAAGGCUCUCUCAUCUUCAACUAUGCCGCUUUGUGCUCCCAAAUUGCAGCCGCUUGCAGCACCGACUCAGUGGAGGGUUUGUCGGAACAGACGCGGUGGUUUGUGCAGGCGCGCACGAAUUUGCAUGUGUUGUUGGACAGUUUUGCUCACGCACCCAGUCGCGACAUGAGUCCAGAGUUGUUGCGGUACCUCAUUCGAAUCAUGCAGGUUAGCGACCUCGAGCGUCUUGCCCUCCUGUUGCAGGCGCAGGAGUCGGUGUUCCUGAGGCAGAUGCUGGAAUGUCAGAAGGAGAGUAAAGUCUCGCAGCUCGUAAAAUACAUUGGUGGUGCAAGUUUCUUGAGUGAAGGUUACGGUAAAGUGGCCACACCAACAGCCUCCGCCUACGACGAUCCCGAGGGGAUUCAAGUGACUGCCGUCAUCCCUCCCUCUUGGUUGAAACUUUUGGAAGUUAAAUCGCAAUACUAUCAGGCACAAAUUAACUACAAACUCGCUGUCAUCCUUCUUUGCCUUGCUGUGGAUGGAAAAUUGCCGGAAGCUGAACCGUUUGUGUUGAAUCCCUUACCAGUGGAUGGCCUAUACUCAAACGACGGUUUCCUCGACGUCGAAGUGGCCAGGCAGCUAAACGACCUCUUCACAAUGCUGAAGCCCUACAUUAAAUUGCAUCGAGACACCCCACGAGCCGGCCGCAAACACCUCCGCCGUGUACGUCGACAUCACAGACCUUCUGUUAAUGGCGAGACUCCGCGUCCAAUGUCUCGAAUCAAACGCACCUUUUCUAGCCUCUCUCUCAAUGCUGUGGGCCGAAGCAAGUCACGUGCUUCGGAAGACCUCAGCCUCUUUGGAGGCCGCUCCUCAUCGCAAAGUGUGCGCUCUGGAUACUCUUCAGACUCGGCUAUAUCCAUGCCAAAUUUGACGGGUAUUGGAGGGGCAUUGGAUGAAGAUCUGGUGGCUCCGCCCUCCACUCGAAAGGACAGUCACCUCCUCGGUCAGGUCUGUCUGAAAGAGGCACUGUCCUGGGCGCGGAUGGCUCUCCAUUCCAUUGAACAGUCUUCCGAUCUCAAUCGCGAAGCAAAUCUUAAGGCCUUUGUUAGCAAAGAUGUAGACAUAUGGACGGAGCAACUGGACCGCAUAUCGAGUAGUAACAAUUCAGCUCCUAAAAAAAAGCAGCGCAGCAAAUUUCUACCCAGAUCGAAGUCUUUUAAUCGACGCUCUCCGAAUGAGGACACAGCAAGCGUCGUCUCCGCCUCGAGCAGGAAGUCAUCAGCCCCCACCAGUGGUGCAACAAAAGGCCAUGCAAAUACUUGGACAGCGCCAACCUUCUUAACCACCGAAAUUGAACUUCCCAAGGAUUUGAGCUGCAAUCUACUCAAGAGUGGAAGGAAUAUGCUAACAAAGGGAGAAGAUCCCUUUCGCGAUUUGGGUCCCUUGAGAUAUUUCAAUGCGCAAAAGCGGUGGUCAGAGCCCUAUUCGGUGCAGCUGGUUCGUGAUGAAAAAGUGGUUUAUGGCUUUAGCAUCCAAGGGACCGGUCCAGUAGAGAUUCUGGGGGUGGACGCAGAUACUCCGGCCAGCGACAAUGGUAUGCGCAGCGGUGAUCUCGUGGUGGGUAUUAACGGCAUGGACGCGCGCUUCAUGACGCACAACCAGGCAGUGGCAGCCAUUCGUUUCGGCAUGGAAGGCUACGACCGAGCACUGCGAGCUCAAGCCGCGACUACAUCAGCCACCGAAAAUGGCGAAUGUGGUGUAAAUGGGGAGAACUCAGUGCCGAUUACUUUUCCCCUCGAAGUGGACAUUGUCAAACUCACGCUAAUCCGACCCAUUCCACCUGAGCCAAAGCCGGUAGCUCGCAGACCCUCCGUCUAUCUCGCCUCGUCGGAUACUCCUGCGCCUGAACCAACCACUCCCAAGGUGAGCAUCUUCAUGGGCAGCACGCAGACCUCUCAGAUAUGGAGAUUUUUUGUUUUAAGAAAGCACAGCUUAUCCAGUCAGCUACGACCUCUCUGCAAGUCCCCCAGUCGCCUCUUCCAAUCCGACGGUUGGCUCUUUGGCCUUUCUACGAAACUGCGAAAACGCAACUCCACUUUGAGCAGUCGUGGUGAUUCUCCUUACGCCUAA